CAACUUUGUUUAUUUGAUGUUCAGAUUCUCAUAGUCUCUAGUGAAGGAAAAAUGCAGAGAGAUAGGGGUAGAAGAGGAGAUUUUGAUCCAUUUGAUGAUCCAUUCUUCAACCAGCCAUUAAAUAGUAUGUUUGGAACAACAGGCUUAUCUAAUAUGGUUUCUUUUGGAGAUUCAUGUCAAAUGAAAAGAUCAAGUGAACCAAUUAUAGAGGAAAUUCUAUCUGAUGAUGAGGACCAAGGAGGAGGGAAUAUUCAUAAUUCUGCAAACCAACCAGUUGUUGAACAUCCAGAUGAUGGUAAUUUAGAAAUUGGAAUAAGAUUAUUUGAAAUGUUUUAAAACUUCUCUUUAAAGUCUGAGGUAUAUUGAUAAUGGUGAUGAACAGAUAGGAGAAUGAAAGGGAAUAAACAUGAUGAAUUGAUGAUGAUGACACAGACACAGACAAAACCCAAAUCUCAGAGUUACAGUUUUCAUAAAGUUACUUAUGGUGGUAUUAAUGGAGAUUAUUACACUUCAACAUCAACCAGAAGAAUGACUAGUGAUGGAACAGUAAUGGAGGAAUCCAGAGAAGCUGAUACAACUACUGGUCAGGCCACCCAUAGAGUCUCUAGGGGAGUUCAUGACAAGGGACACUCCAUAACAAGGAAACUGAAUUCUGAUGGAAAAGUUGACACAACACAGAUGUUACAUAACUUGAAUCAAGAUGAAGUCAAAAGUUUUGACAGGAAUUGGAAAAAUAUUGCUCGAAGAUAUCUUCCUGGCUUUAAAGGUGGUGGUCACAACCUACAACAUUCUACAGCAUCUAACAGUAGAGGACACAUCAAGUGA